CAAACCAGAGAGAUAUCAGAAGAUUGAUCUCCUAGUUUCCUUUCCCUUUCCGGAAAGUCCCUAUCGUAGAAAAUGUUUUCAAAAUUGUUUAUGUUUAUUUUAUUUAGCUAUUGCCAUUCUCAGAUCAUAACUUAUGAAGUAGAUGAUUCCCAAGGACUUGGUAGACGAUUUGAUGGUAUCGGGGCAAUCAGUGGGGGAGGGGCAACAUCAUUACUUGUUAGACACUAUCCAACCAAACUUAGAGAUGAAAUACUGGAUUAUUUGUUUAAGCCAAACUUUGGAGCAAGUUUGCAAAUUUUAAAAGUAGAGAUUGGAGGCGACUCUCAAAGUGGAGAGGGUAGUGAAGCGUCACAUAUGCACAACAGCUGGGAUGAGAAUUACUACAGAGGAUAUGAAUGGUGGAUGAUGAAAGAAGCUAAAAAAAGGAAUCCAGAUAUAUUACUGUAUGGUUUACCAUGGGGAUGGCCUGGCUGGAUAGGAAAUGGAACCCACAAUCCCUAUUAUAAUGUCAACACGACAGCUGUAUACAUAAUCAAGUGGAUACAAGGGGCCAAGAAACACCAUGACUUAGAUAUUAAUUUUGUUGGGAUAUGGAAUGAACUAGCUUAUAGUAUUGAGUAUAUUAAGACCUUGAGAAGAUUAUUAGAUCAGAAUGGAUUUCAUGACGUAAAGAUAGUCGCUGUUGAUGGUGGAUUUGAGAUAAUUAAUGAUAUGCUUAAGGACCCUGAGCUGUCUGAUGCUAUAGAAUACAUUGGUGUCCAUUAUCCUGGUACCCAAUCAACAGUAGCAGCACACAAAACAGGGAAGCAGUUGUGGUCAUCAGAAGACUUCAGUACAUUUAAUGACAAUAUUGGUGCUGGUUGUUGGGCUAGGACUCUGAAUCAGAAUUAUGUGAAUGGCUUAUUCACAGGAACAAUUGCCUGGAACAUGAUAUCUGGGUAUUAUAAUGCUUUACCAUUUAUCUGCCAAAGUUUGAUGACAGCAAAUUCUCCAUGGAGUGGAAACUAUGUCAUUAACAACCCUAUAUGGGUAACAGCUCAUACCACCCAGUUUACAGCCCCUGGGUGGAGAUACCUAAAGCAUAACAGUGGAGUGGGGAAACUGACUAAAGGAGGAAGUUAUGUGUCACUUGUUAGUCAUGAUGGGAAGAAUCUCACUAUUAUAAUGGAAACCAUGACAUCUCUUCAUUCAGUGUGUUUUUAUCAACAGCCAAAAUUCAAUGUUACUCUCCAGACUAUAACUCUACAGUUGAAGGGAAGUUUUGCUAAGAUAGACAAGAUGGCACUGUGGUACAGUAGACUGGGAUAUGAUGGAGGACAGACAGAAAUGAUGAAGUAUUCAGGACCAGUUGAUGUAAGAGAUGGUCAAAUUAAUCUAAAUCUUUAUCCUGACAUGGUAGUUACUCUGACUACACUGACCACUGGUCAGAAAGGCAGUCAUCAGAAUCCACCACAAGAUAAACCUUUCCCAUUCCCAUAUACAGAAAAUUUUGAAGAAUACAAUGAGACAGACCAGCCGAAGUAUAUGGCUCAGCAGUUAGGAUGCUUUGAAGUACACAAAUCUACUGAUGGUAACCAUGGAAAUGUCUUACGUCAGAUGGUUCUGGAGCAGCCCGUUUACUGGACUGCUGCAGACAGAUUAAAACGGACAGCGAACUUAGUUGGAGAUUAUUCUUGGGAAGAUAUAACAGUAUCAAUAGAUGCUAAGACAGGGGAGAUAAAUGGUACAACUGGAGUAUUUCUGGCAGCCAGAGUGGACAGAGGGGGUGUUAAAACAGGAGGAGCUUUAGGGGUAUUCUUCUACUUGUACCCUUCCUUACAAAUGUACAAGUUGACCUCUGACAUUGGUGGUAAAUCAGUGUUGAAGUUUGGAGCAGCACACAUGGCAACCAAGGGUUGGAAUACAUUAAAACUAAUACUACAGGGUUAUCAGGUUGAAGGAUAUCUGAAUGGACAAUAUUUAUUUGAAUCAGAUAUACAGAAUGUACCAUUGACAGGAUUUGUUGGUUUUGGAACAUCUUAUUAUGGUUAUGCUGAUUACGAUAAUCUGGCUAUUUAUAACUCAGAAAAAGUGACACCACGUAAAGAUCCAGAAGUAUUGUAUUUUGUACCAAGACAUUAACCUAGCAAUAAUUUAUAACCUUUAUAGAAGUAAA